AUGACCGGAUUCAAGCCCUAUACUAUAGUGGUGAAGCUCGGAACAUCAUCUUUGGUCGAUGAGGACACCAGAGAGCCUCGGCUUGCCAACAUGGCACUCAUAGUGGAGACGAUUGUCAAGUUACGUCGACAGGGACAUCGCAUAGUUGUGGUAUCUUCAGGAGCCAUUGCUUUUGGAAUGAAGAGAGUAGGCAUGGCAACCAAGCCUCUUGAGUUAUCUAAGGUACAGGCGUUGGCUAGUAUUGGACAAGGGAGACUUAUAGCGCUUUUUGACGAUUUGUUCAGACAAUUAAAUCAACCCAUAUCUCAGAUUUUGAUUACCAGAAACGACAUUAGUGAUUAUACACAAUAUCGGAAUGCUGUCAAUACUUUGAAUGAGCUUUUGGAAAUGGGGGUAAUUCCUAUUGUCAAUGAGAACGAUACGCUUUCCGUUGCAGAAAUCAAAUUCGGUGAUAAUGACACUCUUUCAGCCAUAACGGCGGCUAUGGUUCAUGCAGACUUUUUAUUCUUGAUGACUGAUGUGGAGUGCUUGUACACGGAUAAUCCUCGAGUUAAUCCGGAUGCACAACCAAUUUUGGUGGUUGGUAGUAUUGAUGAUUUACAUGUCAAGACAGAAUCAGGUACAGAAUCUGGUGGAGGAGGGUCUCAAGUGGGCACCGGUGGUAUGACGACAAAGCUUAUUGCAGCUGAAUUGGCCACAAGUGUUGGUGUUACGACAAUAGUGUGUCUUUCUUCACAACCUCAAAGCAUUCUCAAUAUUGUCGGCAACAUUCUGAGAACAAAUGGGUUGGAAGUCGAUGAACAGAUAGCCAUUGUCCAGAAGGAGAUAGCCAAUAAGAGCAUUCCAUUACAUACAAGGUUUUUGGGAUUGCCUAGCAUGAACAAAAUCAAAUCUGAUAGAAGAUUCUGGUUGCUUCACGGGUUGAAGACAAGAGGAGCUUUGAUUAUCGAUCAAGGGUGUUAUGAAGCGCUUACACGGAAGAAUAGAGCAGGGCUUUUACCUGCAGGUGUCCUUGACGUAGAAGGAUCGUUCCAUGAAAGUGAAUGCGUACUGAUUAAAGUUAUUCCGCUGCGGGAAUCACCAGUGGUGGAUGCCAUUGAGGUUGGUCAUUGUAGGGUCAACUACAGUUCUACGGAAAUAUCUAUGAUCAAAGGUCAUAAAAGUAAAGAGAUUGAAUCGAUAUUGGGGUUUGCUGAUUCGGAGUAUAUUGCCCAUAGAGAUAACUUGGCGUUUCCUCCAUUAAACCCUUCAGCUAGUCAGUCAACCAUUGACUUGCUUAAGCAACUUUAA